UACAAACCCUCAACGCCCCCUCCUCACGGUAACACACGCACACACCCACGGAAACGCAGAGAGAGAGGGAAAACGGAGAAGGGAAGAGAGGGAGGAGGAAGGAGACGGCGCCGACGGAGCUGGCAGCCGCCGUCGCAGUCGAUGCUCGCAAGGAAGAGAGGGAGAGUGAGGGCGAUCGAGCUGAGAAGAAGCAGGGAAUCGGUUGCAACUAACCCUGCAGUUGUGUCAUGAACUGCUUCUCCAACCUCUCAUCCUACACUGCCGCCAUCCUCGCUCGCUUCCUAUCCAGCCGUCGUUCCCUCUGCAACUUCCCCAUUAAGCUAACUCUUCCUCCUACUCUCUCUCCCCGCUCUCAAUUCGUGCUCGCUAGGUUUCCCUCUCGCUGCUGCUGCUACUCCUCCUCCUCUGCCAAGAAAGGCCGCAAGAAGAAGGUGGUGGAGCCUGAACCUGUGGCGUCUGUUAUGGAGCACGAGGAGAAGGUCACCUUCUUUGUGGUCCGAAAAGGGGACAUCGUUGGAGUAUAUGAUACACUCGUUGAUUGCCAGUCUCAAGUUGGAUCCUCUGUAUGUGAUCCUCCUGUUAGUGUGUACAAGGGAUAUUCUUUAUCGAAGGACACUCAGAAUUAUCUUGUUUCACGUGGACUCAAGAAUGCAUUGUACACAAUUAGAGCUGCUGAUUUGACAGAGGAUUUAUUGGCAUGCUUGUUCCUUGCCCUUUCAAAGAUCCUGCUUCUAUUGAAAGGGCACUUCAAGUAACGAUGUAUCGAAAAAGAGAUAUGUAGAGAUGCUUGAACUAGAUAAUGUGGUAAGUUUCCUACAAUUUGGAAGUACAUGGUUAUUAAGAAGCCAAAUAUAAUAGCUACAUGCCUAAAAAUGUUAUUUAUGUCAAAUAUGUUGUAAAUUUUAAAUUUGUGUUAAAAUUAUCAAUUCUUGAGCAACUUUCAUAUUGAGAAAAGUUUGGAUAUCAUUGUUACUAUAGAUAUCUGAAUUAUGUUAUCUUUAUAAUACCCAUUACAUGUCUUGAUAUUAUGUUAUUAUAGAUAUACUGAUGCGCAUGAAUCCUUUUUUUCUUUUUGGUUGCUUGGUGCUACUGUUAUUUCAACAAUAACUACCAUGCUUAAACCAUGAGGGAUUAUAAUAAUUAAACUAUUGAGUGACAGUCUACCAAAGUUACAUCCACAUGACAUGUCACUUUUCUUUUAUUUGGAAAAAAGAGGUAUU